AUGAGCGAAAGAUAUAGUUUCUCAUUGACUACUUUCAGUCCAUCAGGAAAGCUUGUUCAAAUAGAAUAUGCGUUAAAGGCUGUCGAAUCUGGUGCCCCAUCUGUUGGAAUACGCGCUGCUAAUGGGGUUGUACUAGCAGCAGUUAAAAAGUUCACUUCGAAAUUAAUGGACGAAUCUACUGUAUCCAAAAUUGAGCAAGUCACCGACGGGAUAGGUGUUGUGUAUAGUGGCCUGUCACCAGAUUAUCGUGUCUUGGUGAAACAAGCACGAAAGUCUGCUCAGGCCUAUCAGCUGGCUUAUGGUGAACCCAUUUCUCCAGAACAGCUAGUCAUCCGAAUAGCGGCUGUGAUGCAGGAGUAUACGCAGUCUGGAGGUGUUCGUCCAUUUGGCGUUUCUCUGUUGGUUGCGGGCUGGGAUCAAAAUUUACGACGACCGUUUCUUUACCAGUGUGAUCCAUCGGGUACAUAUUUCCCAUGGAAAGCUACUGCUCUGGGACAGAAUUCACAAAACGGAAAGUCUUUUCUAGAAAAACGAUAUAACGAAAACUUGGAGCUGGAAGAUGCUACACAUGCAGCCAUUCUGACUCUGAAGGAAAGCUUUGAGGGUCAGAUGACAGAUAGCAACAUUGAAGUCGGUGUAUGCAAUGAGAAUGGUUUUCGAAUUUUAACAUCAGAUGAAGUGAAAGACUAUCUCGCAGCCAUACCAUAA